GAGUUUUGGGGAUUUGGAAGUACAAGUUGCCAUCUGAACAUAUGUUGUCAAACUAACACUCACCUUUGCUUUCAGUGGUGUACGACAUUUUCACAUUUUAACGACACUAAACAAACCAUAGAAGACAACAAAAAGGCAUCGUAUUCAUCAGCUUGACGCAGACUCUUGACAGACAGACAGUAGCAGCUUCCCAGAUUCCCAUCUUUUGCUGCUGUUAAUGUCGGCGGUGACAGAAUCGCUGCUUCCCUAUGGAACCAUCAUGGAAGAUGAACAACACCACCACCUUUCUGUUUCUGUUUCUGCUUCUUCUUCUUCUUCUUCGCAGGAACACUCCACUCCAUCAGAUGCUGUAAUCUUCUUUGGGUUGAGUCUCGCUCUUGGAAUUGCUUGUAGGCACCUCUUGCGUGGGACCAGAGUCCCUUAUACUGCUGCCUUGCUCAUCAUUGGCAUCGCUCUUGGAUCCAUAGAAUAUGGUACUCAUCAUCGGCUGGGAAAGAUUGGGGAUGGAAUUCGUCUUUGGUCAGAUAUUGAUCCAGAUCUUCUAUUAGCUGUUUUUCUUCCUGCUCUCCUUUUUGAAAGUUCAUUCUCAAUGGAAGUUCACCAAAUCAAGAGGUGUCUUGCACAAAUGAUCUUACUAGCUGGUCCUGGUGUUGCACUUUCGACCGUUUGCCUUGGAGUUGUUUUGAAGCUGACUUUUCCAUACAACUGGAGUUGGAAAACGUCACUGUUGCUUGGGGGACUUCUGAGUGCAACUGAUCCUGUUGCUGUUGUUGCUUUGUUGAAAGAGCUUGGUGCCAGCAAAAAACUAGGAACAAUAAUUGAAGGGGAAUCCUUGAUGAAUGAUGGGACGGCUAUUGUGGUUUAUACCCUUUUCUAUCGGAUGGUUCUUGGAGAGACAUUCAAUUGGCUUGCCAUAAUCAAAUUUCUAGCACAAGUUUCACUUGGAGCUGUAGGAAUGGGUGUUGCUUUUGGGAUUGCAUCUGUUUUGUGGCUUGGGUUUAUUUUUAAUGAUACAGUGAUUGAGAUUGCUCUAACAUUUGCUGUUAGCUACAUUGCUUAUUUCACUGCUCAGGAGGGUGCGGAUGUCUCUGGUGUUUUGACAGUGAUGUCUUUGGGAAUGUUCUAUUCUGCAUUUGCUAAGACAGCUUUUAAGGGUGAAAGUCAACAAAGCUUACAUCACUUCUGGGAAAUGAUUGCUUAUAUAGCUAAUACCCUAAUUUUCAUUUUGAGUGGAGUUGUUAUUGCUGAAGGAAUACUAAGUGACAGCACUGUUUUCUAUCAUGGAACAUCGUGGACCCACCUCUUGCUUCUCUAUGCAUAUGUUCAAGUGUCUCGAUGCAUCGUUGUUGGAGCAUUAUUUCCCUUACUAAGAUAUUUUGGAUAUGGUUUGGAUUGGAAAGAAGCUAUUAUUCUCAUCUGGUCAGGAUUGCGAGGAGCAGUUGCCUUGUCACUUUCAUUAUCAGUUAAGCGUUCGAGUGGCAGAUCAAUUGAAUUGACUUCAGAGACGGGAACAAUGUUUGUUUUUUUCACUGGUGGAAUUGUGUUUUUAACACUUCUAGUGAAUGGUUCAACCACACAAUUCAUUUUACACUACCUUGAUAUGGAUAAAUUAUCAGCAGCUAAGCAGAAACGUAUCCUUGAGUUUACUAAGUAUGAAAUGUUGAACAAAGCUUUGGAGGCUUUUGGUGAACUGGGAGAUGACGAGGAACUUGGGCCUGCUGAUUGGUCCACUGUGAAGAGAUAUAUCUCCUGCUUAAAUGACAUUGAAGGUGAACGUGUUCACCCUCAUGGAAGUGAUAGUAACCUUGAUCCUAUGAAUUUGAAAGAUAUACGCGUACGCCUUCUGAAUGGUGUACAAGCUGCUUACUGGGAGAUGCUUGAUGAAGGAAGAAUUUCUCAAACAACAGCUAAUAUCCUAAUGCUAUCAGUGGAGGAAGCAAUAGAUUUGGCUUCAUCUGAGCCUCUAUGUGACUGGAAAGGUUUAAAAGAUAAUGUUCACUUCCCAAAUUACUACAAGUUUCUCCACUCCAAUAUGUUCCCACCAAAGUUAGUUACAUACUUCACCGUGCAGAGGUUGGAAUCUGCAUGUUAUAUUUGUGCUGCAUUUCUCCGUGCCCACAGAAUUGCGCGACAACAAUUACAUGACUUUAUAGGAGACAGUGAUGUUGCUACUGCUGUCAUCAAUGAAAGUGUUGUAGAAGGAGAGGAAGCACGGAAGUUCUUAGAAGAUGUUCACGUAACAUACCCUCAGGUUUUGCGUGUUGUAAAAACAAGGCAAGCAACAUAUAUAGUGUUAAAUCAUUUAAUUGAAUAUGUUCAAAAUCUUGAGAAGGCCGGGAUAUUGGAAGAGAAAGAGAUGCUACAUCUCCAUGAUGCUGUGCAGACUGAUUUAAAGAGAUUACUUAGAAAUCCUCCUUUGGUUAAGCUUCCUAAAAUGAGUAGUAUACAUCCAAUGUUGGGUGCUCUUCCAUCUUCAGUUCGUGAACCACUCGCAAGCAGUACGAAGGAAAUGAUGAAAUUGCGUGGUUUGACACUUUACAAGGAAGGUUCCAAAUCAAAUGGUAUUUGGUUAAUUUCUAAUGGAGUUGUGAAGUGGGAAAGCAAGACGAUAAGAACCAAACACACUUUUUGUCCAACAUUUACACAUGGGAGCACGUUGGGUCUUUAUGAAGUGCUGACUAGAAGACCAUAUAUCUGCGAUGUCAUCACAGAUUCUGUCGUAUUCUGCUUUUUUCUUGAUGCUGACAAGAUAAUAUCGUGUCUCAAAUCGGACCCUUCAACAGAAGACUUCCUGUGGCAGGAAAGUGCAAUUUUCCUUUCGAAAAUAUUGCUUCCUCGGAUAUUUGAGAAACUGGCUAUGCAAGAUUUACGAGCUCUUAUUGCAGAGAGAUCACAGAUAACCAUAUACAUAAGAGGGGAAACAAUAGAAAUCCCUCAUCAUUCAGUUGCCAUCUUACUAGAAGGGUAUGUCAAAACUCAAGGUCAUCAAGAACUCGUAACAGCACCAGCAGCCCUACUUCCUUCACAUGGGAAUCGAAGCUUCCAAAAUUUGGCAAGUUCAGGUUCUAAGGAAGAUAGUUUUACUCAUCAAGUAUCUAGUUAUCUAGUUGAAACUAGAGCAAGGGUUAUUGUGUUUGACAUCGCAGCAUUUGAGGCUGAUUCUGCUCCUGUUAGAAGGUCAAGUUCACUGUUAUCACAUGGUGCAGAUCAUCCCCAUAGAUCUUUACGUAGAGAACAUAGUGGUCUUAUGAGUUGGCCUGAACAUUUCUACAAGCAGAAGCAUCAUAAGCAGAGAUCUGAAGGGAGACAAACCAAUAGUAUGUCUGCAAGGGCAAUGCAGCUCAGCAUUUAUGGGAGCAUGGUGAAUGUGCCUCGCUGGGAUAGAAGUUGGUCGAGUAAUCAGGCUAUGCGACCUCAUAGCUUGUCUUAUCCAACCAUUGCAUCACAUGAAGGCCGUCAACUGGUGUCAGUCAAAUCAGAAGGAGCUGCAACUGCCAAGAAGGAUCAUGAGGUGAGGGAGUUCACGAGGAAUGUUACAAAUCUCCCUUCACAAAGCACAGAACGAAGAGAACAUCAUCAUGGAGAUGAUUCAAGCGAUGAUUCUGCUGUUGAAGAAGAUAUUAUUGUGAGGAUUGAUUCACCAAGCAGGCUAUCUUUCCGCUAGUCUUGAGGGUGAAGAGGUGAAAAUUCUGUUGUGAUUAUUUUAUGUUGUGUAAUAAAUAUGUUGCUUCUAUAUCAACAACAUUGUACGUUAGAACAAACCGUUAGAAUACACCAUAACAGUGGUCAUGAAAGCUUUCAAAAGCUUUUUUGUUUGUUUUUAAUAAUUAAAAAAUAAAAGUAUAU